AUGUUACUGAUUCUGUUCUUGUUAACCAUCACCGGGUGCUCAGCUCUAAAUUGUGUUCAAAUCCAACCCGCGCAAAUUUAUAACGGAAACAUUGUGUAUAUUCCUGGUGGGAAUGGAAGUUUGCAAUUGCUACCUGCUAAUUAUAAUUGCACUUAUCGGAUCCUCCCUCCUGUCAACUAUAAUACCGGACUCUAUGCAAAAGUUAAACUGAAAAAUGGACUUAGAGGUGCCAAUGAUUUUAUAAUUGUUACUGAUGUAGAUGGAAAGGCUACUACUAUGAAUAACCGAACCGGAAUAGGUGGUCUCCCAUUUAAGUAUCUCGUCUUCCCAGGAGCCCAAUUUUUCAUUCAAGUCACCACGAAAAGUGUUCUUAUGAAUUCUUUGUUCUCGAUUACUGUGGAGUAUCAUAAUGCACCCAUCGGACCUACCAGUCAAUUAAAAACCGGAUCUGAAAUGAAUUAUUUUGAAAUGGCAACAGUAAGAGAUGGUAGAAAUGUGUUCAGUUCUAGAACUUUUACGGAUAAAGAUUCGAUCUAUAUGUAUGUCGGCAGAAAGGAUAAUGGAGUGAUCACCUGUUGGGAUUGUUUCUUGAUUGAUGGGACUUUUAUGAAUCAGACACGCGUGUUUAGAUUGGACACCUGCAACGCUUAUGUGGUAGACGGACCGCCGAAUAACUCAUCAAAAGUUAUCAUGGAUAUCUCGAAUGCGACUAUGCCGAAGUCUUUUGACCUGAAAUAUUUUUCAGUGAUUAAUUUGGAUUGUGAUUUUAAAUUUGGUGUCAACUCUUAUGAUAACUAA